AUAAUUUAAAGAGUGUGGCUUAUUUCGCAUUAAGAUAACGCUAUUUACUACAAUAUCUGGGUGUCAAUAGAAUAUUAUACAAAAAAUUGUGUUCAAUGCCAUACAAAUUAAAUUUCCAUUAUUAAAAUUUUUGCGCUAUGUUGGCAAUUCUUACCUUUUAAGAAGUUUUCUAACCUCACUUUUAAUUUGUGUCUCAUUUGUAAACAAAAGGAAUAAUAAUGAGUAACGUUAACAUUGAUAUUGAGCCUCCUCCUAUUCUCCCUGACAUAACUGACGAGUUGAAGGACUAUCUUAUAUGUCCUGAGAGGCUCCCCAUUCACAGAUAUGAGACAAAUCAGGAAUUUUGGCCACGGACACCAGUCCUAGAAGAGCUACUUUUCUUUGAGGAGUCUCCUUUAAGCACGACUUUGAAGGUGCAACGUGACCCUAACACUGGAGAAAUAGUAGAAUUUAAGGAAAUUCCCAUACAGUCUGCUGGUGCAAAUGCUAAAAACUCUAUGUCUUUGAAUAGACAACCUGCGCCCCCUUCAGAAGCGACAAGGGGAAACGCGUCUUUUAUCCCUUUUUGGCCAGCUAGUUUUCCUGAUCCAGUUUCACAGUUACCCAAACAAGAACUUUUAGAUACAGAAUUAUUAACUGUCCCUCCUGGUUUUACACGUGGUAUUGUUUUUGCGAGUGACGGCAGAACAGUGCUAUCGAAAGAAACUCAAACUAAAGAAAAAGAAUCAGUUGAUGUUUCUUCUAAUAUUGUCAAUCUAUUUGAAAUAAUUCAAGAAGAUCAAAACUUUUUUGGAACUCUUGAAAAACCACAUGUUAAAAAGAAUGAAGAUAUUUCCGAACAUAAACAACGCGAAACCCUACCUGAAGAAGAAGAAAUUUUGCCUAAUGACCCCCCUGUUUUGAAAAUCAGCACAGUGCCGCCCCCUACUGAAUUUAAAAGCACGGAAUGGGCUAUUCUUCUUGAUACCUCUAAACCAGUUAAAGAUUUUAAAGAGCGAAUACCAGAAAUGGCUUACGAGUUUCCAUUUGAAUUAGAUACUUUCCAAAAAUUAGCUAUUUUGCAACUGGAGCAACACAAUCACGUUUUCGUUGCUGCUCAUACCUCAGCGGGCAAGACCGUAGUGGCCGAAUAUGCAAUUGCCCUAUCACAAAAACACAUGACUAGGACUAUCUACACAAGCCCAAUUAAGGCAUUGUCUAAUCAAAAAUAUCGCGAUUUUAAAAAAGAAUUUAAAGAUGUUGGUUUGAUUACUGGUGAUUUUCAAAUAAACCAAACCGCCUCAUGUUUAAUUAUGACAACGGAAAUUUUGCGUUCUAUGUUAUACUGUGGAAGCGAUAUUACGCGAGACUUAGAAUACGUAAUUUUUGAUGAGGUUCAUUAUAUUAAUGAUAGGGAAAGGGGCCACGUUUGGGAACAAGUUCUAAUUCUUCUUCCUGCACACGUUUGCGUUGUUUUAUUGAGCGCAACGGUGCCUAAUACCAUUGAAUUUGCCGAUUGGUUAGGCCGAACUCAUCAAAGAAAAGUCUACGUGAUCACAACCUACAAAAGACCAGUGCCUCUGCUUCAUUUCUUGUACACGGGAACUGGGGGCGCUUCUCGGGACAACCGCUAUUUAGUUCUGAAUUCAGAAGGCUGGAAAAUGGGGGGCUAUGCAGCAGCUGUAGCUUCUUUACCUAAAGUCGACACUAAAUCAUCAUAUCCUCAAGCCAAAUCGCAAUAUUAUAAUUUCACGCCUAAGCAGGAAAAAGUGUUGUGGAACGGCUUAGUCGAUCAUUUGAAUCGUAAGAAUUUAUUGCCGAUCGUUGCAUUCACUUUUUCGAGGGCUAAAUGUGAUCAAAAUGCCGAAAAUUUGAUGAGUUUAGACUUGACUACUCAGAAAGAGAAAGCUCAAAUUCAUAUGUUCUUUGAGAAAUGUGUCAGGAGUUUGAAAGAACCGGAUAGGAAUAUUCCGCAGAUUUUGAGGAUGAGGAAUAUUUUACAUAAGGGGAUUGGGGUGCACCACAGUGGAGUUUUGCCGAUUAUUAAGGAGAUUGUUGAAAUGCUUUUCCAAAAGGGGCUGAUUAAGUUACUUUUUGCUACUGAAACCUUUGCAAUGGGUGUCAACAUGCCUGCCCGAACUGUGGUUUUCGAUUCAAUAACAAAACACGACGGUCAAGAACGACGAAACUUGAAACCUGCUGAAUAUAUCCAAAUGGCAGGGCGAGCAGGUCGAAGAGGUCUCGACAGUGAAGGCACUGUUAUAAUUCUCUGUAAAAAUAAAAUCCCUAAAGUCGAAGAACUCCAAGCGAUGAUGAUGGGGACUCCCAAUGUUCUGCAAAGUCAGUUCCGACUGACUUACGGAAUGGUCUUGAGUUUGCUUCGCGUUGAAAGCUUAAGUGUUGAGGGUAUGAUGAGCAGGAGUUUCAGAGAAGCGGAUCAUCAGAAGAAAAUGGUGGACAAACAAAACGAACUAUUGGAUGUUGAGAAAGAAAUUCGCGAUUUGUGUACACAAGAAUUGAGCAGUUAUUUGCAACCGUUGGUAAAGUUUUAUAAUUGCGCUUCGUCUUAUUUAAAUGCACGUCAGAAAUGUUUGGAUAAUGUUAUGUCAUCACCUAAAUUGAUUAAAGUGCUGACGCCCGGAAGAAUCAUUCUAAUAACACACAAAUGGCAUGUAAACAAAUUAGCUUUGUUGUUAUCAGUAGUUCGAGGCAAAAAACUGGCCUAUAAGGUUCUGGUAUUAACCGACUCAAAGUCCGAAGUAAAAGAAGAAAAGAACGAUCUUUGGUAUAAAAUGAUUGGACUGGCCAGUGACAACAUUUUUGUCCCUGGAAGUUCUCCUGGACAUGCAAUUUUGACUAUCCCCGCCGAAGACAUUUUCGAAAUAACUCACAAAACUGUUAAAGUCGACACAGAUUUGGUGAUUAAGGAUUGGGAAAAGCGACAAAUCGAGCGAUUUCGGAAUGAUCCAGUUGGACAAACUUGCCAACAAGCCAUUCAGGAGUUGCACAAGUUUACAAUUUCAGUUAAUGAAGCGAAAAACAAAGAGAAGUUGUCUUAUUUACACUUAAUUCAUGAUUUGAAAGUGAACGAACAUCAAAUUCAUGAUGAUCUCCAAGUUGUGUAUAAAUUUAAAGAUAUUCUCAUCGAUCAUUUACCAAGUACACAAAUUCCGAAUUUCGAACAACAAUUUUCAUCAGUGUUUACACGGACGUUUUUGGAGAGGAAAAGAGAUGAUUUGAGACACUAUCUUUCAAGUGCUAGUCUUUCUUUGUACCCGGAUUAUGAAAACCGGAUUGAACUUUUGAGAACAUUAAAGUACGUUGAUUUACAAAAUAGAGUACAAUUAAAAGGCCGCGUCGCUUGCGAGAUGGGCAUGAACGAAUUGUUAAUUACAGAAUUAGUGUUGAGAAAUAUUUUAACAAAACUUCAACCCGCAGAAGUUGCCGCUUUAUUAUCCGCUUUGGUGUUUUCUCCCAAAAAGGAUAAUAAGGAAGAAGAAACUGUUCAUAUAACAGAUGAUCUAACAAAGGCCAUGAAAGAGAUGCAAAAUAUUCAUCAGGAAAUCGCUAAAUUGGAAAUGAAUCUGGAUAUUAAAACGGAUGAAUUUCAAAACGACUUAAAUUUUGCUCUCAUUGAAAUAGUGUAUGAGUGGGCUUCAGCAAAGCCGUUCGCUGAUAUUAUGUGUUUGACCGACAUUCAAGAAGGUAUUAUUGUGCGGUGUAUUCAACAGUUAAAUGAUACAAUUUGUGAUGUAAGAAAUGCUGCAAGAAUAAUUGGAGAUCCUGAAUUACAAAAUAAAAUGGAAGAAGCUUCAGCUGCCAUUAAACGUGAUAUUGUUUUUGCUGCCAGUUUGUAUACUAAUGAUUUGUAAAGUUUUCUUAAUAAAAAGUUGAA